AUGACUCAUUCCAUCGGAUUCAAAACUCUGGACUUUUCCCCGCGGAUCAAAGAAUCUGAAUUCAUUCAAUUCUCUGAUGUUGAAAAUCACGACGAUUUCUACUAUCACGAAGAUCAUCGCAUUCAUGUGCGGGAUCAAGUGGGCUACUGGAUCGUAUAUGAUUGCGCUCUUGAAGACAUGAAAACUUUGGAAAACGAUCUGCUUCUACUAGCAACACACUUUAUCCAGAAGGACAAGAACAUGCGCUCGGCUUCCAAUUUCAAGAGGAAACCAGCAAAUGCUGAGGUUUGUUCAUAUGUCCCCUUCGUGUUUCCAUUUUUCACGAUGACUAGCAGUUAUUAUUCAACUUGUAUUCAAUUUGGUCAUUGGGUUCAAGGUUUACUGAAAGACACCGUCACAUAUCCAUGCAUUGAGGUGAAGUUGUUAGUGAAACGAAAGCUAUGCCACGUGUGA